AUGUCUGAAGCUGCCACUGCCUCUGCCAACGCCUCGUCGAGCGACUUUGACCUCAAGCACGCAAAGACGGCCCUGACCCUCUCGUCCACAACCGCCAGAAUCGCCCAAUUGCGCGCCAUUGACGAGAAGAUUGCCCAUAAAUCUCUCGACAAGCCCUCUACUCUAGGCCUCCUCAAGGUCAUAUUCUGGACCCAUGCGUUUUACACCGAUAAGCACUCUCGACACGCCGUACAGCGAUGUCUUGUCUCGAUCUGCAAAACAGGGGAAGCCGAUGUCCUCGCCCCGCUAGUGGCCGCCGUGAAGCAGGAGAUCCAGAAACCCGGAAUUGCGCCAGGAAAUGCGUUUGUGCUGCUGGAAUGGUGCAACCUAUUGAUUGAUAACCUUGCCGGGACAACGCUCUGGGAGAAGUUUGGGAACGACAUUAUUCAAGCAACAGCCGAUGGCCUCGACAAAUGUCUUCAGGCGACCGCGAGGGACAGCGUGGGGAGGUCGGCGCUGGUCAUCACUCGGAGGGGGUUCAGGAAAAUUGUUUCAACCGAUAUCAAGGCCGUCGAGGCUGCCAUCAAGCUUCUCACAACCAAAGGAACACAAUCAACCGCCAAAAAUGCUGCCUUGCUGGGCGUGAUUGCCGGUGUGUGCUCACGAAAACCCGAGGCUAAACCCAUUGUCGAAAGCGCAAAGAGCCUAUACAUUACCUUUUACACACGCGAAAUUGUUGGAUCAAGAACGCCAGUCGCCAAACACAUCGCCAAUGGUCUGAGUGACUUUUUCUCAGCCUUCGUGACGGUUGAGGAUCUCGACAAGGACGUUUUUCCAGCUCUGGAAAAGGGUCUGCUGAGAGCCCCUGAAGUGGUGCUGAACGAUCUCAUCACGCCCCUGGUUCGGUCUCUCCCUGGUUUUGACCUGUCCAAGGCACUCAGUGGGCGAUUCACAAAACCACUACUCUCCAACCUCAAGUCUUCUAAUGCUGCGAUUCGCACUGGGGCUGUGUCGGCAUUCCAAGCGCUCGCCACGAGCUCCAAGGAUCUGACCGAGGUGGAAAAGUCUGCUGAUGAAGUGCUCACUCCUCUAAAGGGGGGAAAGCUCGCCUCUGCCGAGCACAGGGUUCUUCACUCAGAAAUCCUUGUUGCUUUGCCUACCUCCCCAUCUAUCGCAACCAAGAUUGCCACUGGGCUCCCUACCGUUGUGGGCAAGGAGGCCAACGAAGCCGCCCUGAGCGCCGAAACCCUUGCUCUCAACGCCAGUGCUAUUUCUCUGCUUACCGGGUCUGAAGUUCCAAAAGCGCUGGUUGACGUUUACGCCAAGGGGCUGGCAGACAAGAAGUUCCCCGUCCGUCGGAUUUGGGUUCUUCGAACCGGCGAGGUGCUGCGGAGCAUUCCCCAAGAUACCGAAGCAGGGCUUCCCGCGGGUUUCAUCACGUUCGCUGAAGCUGUGGUGCCACCACUUUUGGCUACCUUCAACGAGGUUGUCGCCAACUCUGCCACCGCUUCGCAAAACGGCAUUGUAACUGGCGCGCUUGUCGUCUGUGGCCUCGCACCGCUGUUCCACAGGUUGCAGAGCGCCAAGCUGCAGGAGGCCAUUAAGAAGGCGGCUAUCGAGAAGAACAGUUUGGCGUUCGAGCCAAAGCCAUCCUACUUGCUCGUCCCAAGAAUCUACGGCAAGUUCACUGGAGAUGAUCUCGAGUGGCUUACCCGCGCGCUCUCCAGCACAGCCUCUACCCUGGCUUCUAGCAACGCUGCCGCGAGACUAGCCUGGGCGCAAGCAUACAUCUACGUGAUUUGCUCCACCGUCACUACUCCUGCGGUAAGACGCCAUGCCAUGGAUAGUCUGACCGAGCUCUGUGUAAAGACAGCUGGUUCGGAAGAGUUGUCUAUCGCGGCGGAGAUUAUCAACGGCUUGUGGCAGUGGAUCGAAGCUCUCGAGACGGGCGACAAGGAAACAGCCGCUGUGCUUUCCAAGUCGGAAACGACCAACCUUCACCUGGUACUCAAGGCCAUUUGCCUGAGCCCAGAACGGGCUGGACCUGAGGUCGACAAGACCAAACUGGAGACGCAAAUGUGCUCUCUGCUCGUCUUGGCCAAGCCCAAUCUUAUCCCACGUGCGAGCUGGAUUGAGCUUUGCCUGAGAGUCCAGCUUGAUCCCGGUGAGCUCGCCAGAAAAUACGACCAACGGCUCAUCGACGAGAUUGUUCAGAGGACUGGCUUCGAGCAAAAGUCAGAGGCCGUCAAGGCCGCGGCGUACAAUGCGGCUGCCGAGCUCGUCUUUGUUGCCCCUGAAACCAUGACUUCACGCAUCGUUGACCUCAUUCAACAAGAUCUGGAUGUCGCCGCGGUUGAGGCCGUCGGUCCUCUCGAAGCUGCCAUCUUCCGCACCCCUGAAGGGACUGCAUUUGUCGACGUUUUGGCCAAGAAACAAAACACGGUUCCCAACAAGAACACCAAGGAUUAUGACACAUUGAAGUGGGAGCAGGAGCUCAGAGAACAGCUCGCUCAAAAGAAGGGUACUCAAAAGAAGCUCACUGCCGACGAGACCGCCAAGGUGAACGCCCAGCUCAAGAAAGAGGCGGAGGUCCGGAACUCUGUCCGCCAGACUGCUGCCAAGUUGAUUCGGGGCUUCGGCAUUGUCAAGAGUCUGGCCACAGGCCCACCAACAGAUGCCAGCCGCUGGAUCGGAGCGGCCGUCAAGGCAACCCUGGAUGUUAUCGAUGCCGGCGCUUGCUUGAUCACUGCAGAGACGGGCCCAUUAGCUUUGGUCUCUUGUGCCGAGCAAGUCACGAACCGACUUGGGCCCAUCCGCCCCUUUAUCGGGGCUGCUACCCUCCGCGCCCAUGAGGUCUCAGCACUGCCGGACACCUAUACCCAAGAGCCUUUCUUUGAUCUUGUUACCAGGGUGCUGUACCGCUUGCGUUUUGCUGGUGAGCAGCGCCCCUUUGACACGGUCUCGCUCAUUUACAUCUUGCCGCUCGUGCUGCUUGUCCUGGAGAAGGGGGGUUUUGGCGCCACCGCCGAAGACCGCGAUGCCCAGGUUGUUCUCGCCAUCGAUAUUCUCACUUUCCACACAGACGCCUCGUCGGAUGAAGCGGUUCCCCGUGAUCAAAUCGUUGCCACGCUGAUUGCGUCGAUGCAAAAGUACAACCAGCACUACAAGAUCAUCAAGGAUUGCUUUGCCGACAUGGUGCGCUGUGUUGCCCCCAACAUCACUCCUGAAGAAAUUGCAAUCCUGUCUCGCGGUGCCAUUGUUUCUCAAACAAGCGUGCGGUCUGCUGUGCUGCAGUCCAUCAGCGCCGAUGUGGACAUGAGCGAUCUUGAGGUCUCGGAAGAGAUCUGGCUCGCCUGCCACGACGACGUGGAAGAGAACGUUGAUACUGCUCGCGAGAUUUGGGAGGAGAGUGAGUUCAAGGUUACCGAAGAGCUCGCCCACAAGAUGCUGCCCUACUUGGAAAGCAAGGAUGCGCAGCUUCGCCGCGCUGCUGCCAGAUCGCUUGCCGAGGCUGCCAGCCAACACCCCAAUGUCAUCAACCCUAUUCUUGAGAAGCUCAGGGCAUCUUACAGCGAGCUAGCGAAGCCUCGCGUGCAGCUGCUGGAUGAGUUUGGCAUGCCCAAGAAGAUGGACCUGACGGAUCCUUGGGAGGCUAGACAUGGUAUUGCCCUCGCAUUCAAGGAUAUUGCACCACAUUUGCAAAAGAACCAGCUCGAGCCAUUCUUUGCCUAUCUCAUCGAGCAAGGGCCGCUCGGUGAUCGAAACGGCAAUGUACGUGCGGAAAUGCUCGAGGCUGCCAACAUUGCCAUCGAAAUUCACGGCAAGGGCAUUCUUGACAAUCUCAUGAAGACGUUUGAAAAGACGCUUGAGGCGCCUGACAAGCACUCUGAGGCGGCAGACCGUGUCAACGAGGCUGUUAUCAUCAUGUAUGGUGCUCUUGCCCGCCAUCUCAAGCACGGCGACAAGAAGAUCCCGGUUGUCAUUGAGCGCCUGCUUUCGACGCUCAGCACCCCGUCCGAAACUGUGCAGUAUGCCAUUGCCGAGUGCCUCCCUCCCCUGGUUCAUAUUUCGGGUGACAAGUCGUCCAAGUACUUCGACCAGAUGCUCGAGGUUUUGAUGACGUCUCAGAAGUACCCUGAGCAGCGCGGUGCUGCCUACGGUCUGGCUGGUCUUGUCCAGGGCAGGGGCAUUGCUGUGCUGAAGGAGUAUCGCAUCCUGGUUACCCUUCACAGCUGCCUCGAGAACAAGAAGGAUGUCCGUCAGCGCGAGUCUGCCCUACUGGCUUAUGAGUUGCUGUCAACCAUUCUGGGCCGCGUCUUUGAGCCCUAUGUCAUCCAGAUCGUGCCCCAGCUUCUCGCCGGUUUCGGUGAUGCCAACGCGGAUGUGCGUGAGGCUGCUCUGGCUGCUGCCAAGGCCUGCUUUGCCAAGCUGAGCUCGUAUGGUGUUAAGCAGAUUUUGCCCACACUCCUCAGAGGUCUUGACGACGAUCAGUGGCGUAGCAAAAAGGGAGCUUGCGAUCUGUUGGGUGCCAUGGCGUACCUGGACCCUCAGCAGCUGGCUCAGAGUCUUCCUGAGAUUAUCCCACCACUGACGGCUGUCCUGAACGACAGUCACAAGGAGGUGCGGUCUGCGGCCAACAAGAGUUUGAAGAGAUUUGGCGAGGUCAUCACCAACCCCGAGAUUCACAGCUUGGUCGAUGUUCUCCUCAAGGCCCUCAGCGAUGCCACCAAGUAUACCGACACUGCUCUCGAUGCGCUCAUCAAGGUGCAGUUCGUGCAUUACCUCGACGCGCCUUCGCUGGCUCUUGUCAGCCGUAUCUUGGAGCGUGGUUUGGCCGAUCGUUCCAACACCAAGCGCAAGGCGGCCCAGGUUAUUGGCAGCUUGGCCCAUCUUACCGAGCGCAAGGAUUUGGUCUCUCAUCUGCCUGUGCUCGUGGCUGGUCUCAAGCUUGCUAUAGUUGAUCCUGUGCCUACCACCCGUGCCACAGCUUCCCGCGCCCUCGGUUCACUUGUUGAGAAGCUGGGCGAGGAUGCGCUGCCAGAUCUUAUUCCCGGUCUUAUGCAGACGCUCAAGUCCGAUACUGGUGCGGGCGACAGACUUGGUUCUGCCCAGGCGCUCAGUGAGGUCCUUGCUGGUCUUGGUACUUCGAGAUUGGAGGAGACCUUGCCUACCAUUCUGCAAAAUGUCGAGUCUGCCAAGGCCUCAGUCCGCGAGGGCUUCAUGUCGCUGUUCAUCUUCUUGCCCGUGUGCUUCGGCAACAGCUUCGCCAACUAUCUCGGCAAGAUCAUCCCGCCUAUCUUGUCUGGUCUUGCGGAUGAUGUUGAGAGCAUCAGAGAAACAGCUCUCCGUGCUGGUCGCCUUCUGGUCAAGAACUUUGCAGUUCGUGCGGUUGACUUGCUCCUUCCUGAGCUUGAGCGUGGUCUUGCUGACGAUAGCUACCGCAUCCGUCUCAGCUCUGUUGAAUUGGUCGGUGAUUUGUUGUUCAACUUGGCUGGUAUCAAAGCCAAUGCCGAGGAGGACGAGGAGGAGGAUCAGGAUGCUACCAAGGAGGCCGGUGCGUCUCUCCGUGAGGUUCUCGGGGAUGAGAAGCGGAACAAGAUUCUCUCGGCGCUGUAUGUCUGCAGAUGUGAUACCGCGGGUGCGGUGCGGUCGGCGGCUAUCAGUGUCUGGAAGGCGUUGGUGCACAGUCCCAGAACCCUCAAGGAGCUGGUACCAACGCUCACGCAGCUGAUUAUUCGGCGGUUGGGCAGCUCCAACAUGGAGCACAAGGUCAUUGCUAGCAACGCCCUUGGUGAACUUAUCAGGAAGGCUGGAGAUGGUGUGCUGGCUACCUUGUUGCCUACGCUGGAGGAGGGCUUGCAGACGUCGAGCGAUGUGGACGCCAAGCAGGGCAUCUGCCUUGCGCUCAAGGAGCUCAUCUCUUCUGCCUCUCCAGAAGCGCUGGAGGACCACGAGAAGACGCUCAUUUCUGUUGUCCGCACGGCUCUCACCGACUCGGAUGAUGAGGUUCGCGAGGCAGCGGCCGAGGCAUUUGACUCGCUGCAACAGAUCCUCGGCAAGCGUGCGAUUGAUCAGGUGCUGCCGUAUCUGCUCAACCUGCUGCGGUCCGACGAGGAUGCUGACAAUGCUCUCGCGGCUCUGCUCACGUUGCUUACCGAGACGACACGCUCCAACAUCAUUCUGCCCAACCUCAUCCCGACACUCAUCGCGCCGCCUAUUUCGGCCUUUAACGCAAAGGCGUUGGCGAGCCUGUCCAAGGUGGCCGGUCCGGCUAUGAACCGCCGUCUGCCAAACAUCAUCAACUCGCUCAUGGACAACAUUAUCAACUGCACCGAGGACGACCUCAGGGAGGACCUCGACAACUCGUUUGACACGGUGCUGCUGUCUAUUGACGAGUAUGACGGGCUCAAUGUGGUGAUGAACGUGCUGUUGCAGCUCACCAAGCACGAAGAUCACCGCAAGAGAUCGGCCACCGCUCGCCACUUGGCCAAGUUCUUCGCCGAGGCCGACGUGGACUACUCGAGAUACAACCAGGACAUCAUCCGGGCGCUGCUGAUCUCGUUUGACGAUCGUGACAAGGAAGUCGUCCGGUCCGCGUGGAGCGCCCUGAGCGAGUUCACCAAGCGGCUCAAGAAGGAGGAGAUGGAGGCGCUGGUCCCGUCGACAAGACAGACGCUCCUCCACGUGGGCGUUGCGGGGGCCAACCUACCUGGUUUCGAGCUGCCCAAGGGCAUCAACGCCAUCUUGCCCAUCUUCUUGCAGGGUCUCAUGAACGGCACGACAGAACAGAGGGUCAGCGCCGCGCUGGCCAUCUCCGACGUGGUGGACAGGACGAGCGAGGCGGCGCUCAAGCCGUUUGUCACACAGAUCACCGGCCCGCUCAUCCGUGUUGUGUCUGAGCGGUCGACCGAGGUCAAGUCGGCGAUUUUGCUUACGCUGAAUAACUUGUUGGAGAAGAUGCCGGCGGCGCUGAAGCCGUUCUUGCCGCAGCUGCAGAGGACGUUUGCCAAGAGUUUGGCGGACACGUCGAGCGAGCAGUUGAGGAGCAGGGCGGCGAAGGCGCUGGGGACACUGAUCAAGUUUACACCGAGGGUUGACCCGCUGAUUGCGGAGUUGGUGACGGGUUCGAAGACGAGCGAUACCGGGGUCAAGACGGCCAUGCUCAAGGCGCUGUAUGAGGUUGUUAGCCGGGCGGGAGGCAACAUGGGUGAGGGGUCGAGGCAGGCGAUCCUGGGGAUGAUUGACGGGGGGGAUGAGCUGGACGAGAGGGACAGCGGGAUGGUGACUACGCAUGCGAAACUGUUUGGGGCGUUGGUCAGGAACGUCAGUGUGGAAGUGGCCGGGGGGUUGUUAAGGAACAGGGUACUGAAGGGAGGGGAAGGGGGUUUGAUGGGGGUGUUGGCGUUGAAUGCGGUUCUGUUGGAGGCGGCGGGAGUGGUGGGUGAGUGUGGGCUUGGGGACGAGUUGCCCGAGGUACUUUGCGCGGGAAUGGUUGGGAAGGAUCCGUCGACUGCGGACAAUUAUAUCGCCGCCACGGGUAAAUACCUCCUUUCUGCCGACCUCCCCAAGUCGUUUGAGAGCACCAAGCCCAUCUUCACCACACUUUCCACCAUUAUCCCUCCGGGCAACGCGAGUGACACGCGCCGGUUGGCGCUUGUGCUCGUCCGGACUCUGGCGCGCACCCAUCCCGACAUGGUCCGCCCUCACCUGAGCAUCCUUGCGCCGCCCGUGUUUGCCUCGGUGAGGGACACGGUCAUCCCGGUCAAGCUAGCGGCAGAGGCGGCGUUUGUGCAGCUUUUUGCCGUGGCGGACGAGGAGAGCAAGGUGUUUGACAAGUGGAUUUCGGGGAUGGACUUACAGGCCAAUGCGAAGAGGAGCAUGCAGGAUUACUUCAAGAGGGUGGCGCUGAGGUUGGGGGCGCAGGUUAGGGAGAGGAGGGAGGCGGAGGGGGGGCAGGGGGGGUUGGGGCUGUCGAAUGAUGAGGUGGAGGAUGAGAAGGAGUUGAUGGCAGUUGGGAAGGUGGAUGUGGGGGGGGAUGUUUUUGGGGAGGAGGUUAACCUGAGGACCCAGAAGCGCCUGGCGUCGUCCGUCCUGGGCUGCGGUCAGCGCAAGAUUUGGCUCGACCCCAACGAGGUCAGCGAGAUCUCCAACGCCAACUCCCGCCAGACGAUCCGCAAGCUCGUCUCCGAUGGCCUCAUCAUCAAGAAGCCCGUCACCAUGCACUCGCGCUCUCGCGCGCGGGAGCUGAACCUCGCCCGCCGGAUUGGUCGCCACCGUGGCUUCGGUAAGCGCAAGGGUACCGCCGAUGCCCGUAUGCCCGAGCAGGUCCUCUGGAUGCGUCGCCAGCGUGUCCUCCGCCGUCUGCUCGUCAAGUACCGCGCCAGCGGCAAGAUUGACAAGCACCUCUACCACGAGCUCUACCACUCCGCCAAGGGUAACACCUUCAAGCACAAGCGUGCCCUCGUUGAGCACAUUCACCGUGCCAAGGCCGAGAAGGCUCGCGAGAGACAGAUCAAGGAGGAGAUGGAUGCCAAGCGUGCCAGAACCAAGGCUGCCCGCGAGCGCAAGCUCGAGAGACAGGCGGCGAAGAGAAACGCCCUUCUCGGCGAGGGCGAGGAGGAGUCCAAGUAGAUUUCUUCAUCAACAAUGUGAAUGGACAAUGGAUUCUUGGCGGCCUUGCAUUCGGAGUAAUGGGUUGGGCUCUUUUAUGGACGCAUUCUCUCUACCUCUCGGUCCUCUCUCUGCUGCCACACGCUGGACUCGCUCCCCCCCGGCCGUGCAGGUGUGUGCUGUUGUGAUGGGACGUGGUCUCUCCAGACUCGAGACAAGUUCUGGCUUCCAUGUUUAGGCAUUGAAAAACGGAAUCAAUGGGUUUGCCGGGUGCGAUGACAAUUAUUUUCUUUUUCCCUUCGAGAUAUUGACAAUCUGGUACAUGUACAAUGCUGUGCGGUUCAAGUUUGACGUGCUUGUGGGAGAUGGACAUGUCGAAGCAAACGAAUUGGGCG